GGGCUGGGUGUCCGAGGCGGGGCAGCGCCCUCCGCGUCUCCGUGACUGCGCCUCGCGCCCCCGGCUCGCUGAGGCGCCCAGGAUGCGCGGAGGCGGCGGCAAUGGCGACGAUGCCUCUCGCCCUGCAUCAUCCGGGGCGGCGGGCCGCGCUGGGGUCCCGGCUGCCCGAUGGAGGAGGAGGGGCAGCUCUGCGGCCACCCGGCAGGCUUAUCUGCCUUGGGCCUCUUUUGUCACGUGUCACUCAUCUGUGAGUUGAGGGCCUCCUGAUUCCUUCCCCCUGACAAUUUUGGAGAGCAGAAGGAAGGCACGUUUUUCUCUGAAGAUGAAUUCAACAGGUCCCCUUCAGGAUGCCUCCAAUGUCACCUUGCUCCAUGUGCCUCACUUACAGGGGGGAAACAGCACCUCUCUCCAAGAGGACCUUCAGGAUCUCAUCCACACAGCCACCUUGGUGACCUGCACUUUUCUGCUCGCAGUCAUCUUCUGCCUGGGCUCUUAUGGCAACUUUAUUGUCUUCUUGUCCUUCUUUGAUCCAGCCUUCAGAAAAUUCAGAACAAACUUUGAUUUCAUGAUCCUGAACCUGUCCUUCUGUGACCUCUUCAUUUGUGGGGUGACGGCCCCCAUGUUCACCUUUGUGUUAUUCUUCAGCUCAGCCAGUGAUAUCCCAGACGCUUUCUGCUUUACCUUCCAUCUCACCAGUGCGGGCUUCAUCAUCAUGUCCCUCAAGACGGUGGCAGUCAUUGCCCUGCACAGACUCCGGAUGGUGCUGGGGAAGCAGCCCAAUCGCACGGCCUCUUUUCCCUGCACCUUGCUCCUCACUCUGCUUCUUUGGGCCACCAGUUUCACCCUUGCCACCCUGGCGACCUUGAAAACCAGUAAGUCCCACCUCUGUCUUCCCACGUCCAGUCUGAUGGCUGGAGAAGGGAGAGCCGUUCUGUCUCUCUACGUGGUUGACUUCACCUUCUGCAUUGCUGUGGUGUCUGUCUCUUACACCAUGAUCGCUCAGACCCUGCGGAAGAAUGCACAAGUCAGAAAGUGCCCUCCUGUGAUCACGGUGGAUGCUUCCAGACCACAGCCUUUCAUGGGGGCCCCUGUGACGGGAGCUGGAGACCCCAGCCAGUGUUCCAUGCCGGCUUUGUACAGGAACCAGAAUUACAACAAACUGCAGCACCUUCAGACUCACGGAUAUCCCAAGAGUCCCAACCAACUGUCAACCCCUGCAGCCAGUCGACUCCAGCUGGUGUCAGCCAUCAACCUCUCCACUGCUAAGGACUCCAAAGCCGUGGUCACCUGUGUGGUCAUCGUGCUGUCGGUCCUGGUGUGCUGUCUUCCACUGGGGAUUUCCUUGGUACAGGUGGUUCUAUCCAGUGACAGCAGCUUCAUCCUUUACCAGUUUGAACUGUUUGGAUUUACCCUUAUCUUCUUCAAGUCCGGAUUAAACCCUUUUAUCUACUCUCGGAACAGUGCUGGGCUGAGAAGGAAAGUGCUCUGGUGUCUCCAGUACAUCGGCCUGGGUUUUUUCUGCUGCAAACAGAAGACUCGACUUCGAGCCAUGGGCAAAGGGAACCUUGAAAUCAACAGAAACAAAUCUUCCCAUCAUGAAACAAACUCUGCCUACAUGUUAUCUCCGAAGCCACAGAAGAAAUUUGUGGACCAGGCUUGUGGCCCAAGUCAUUCAAAGGAAAGUGUGGUAAGUCCCAAAGUGUCUGCUGGACAUCAGCACUGUGGUCAGAGCAGCUCAACCCCCAUCAACACUCGGAUUGAGCCAUACUACAGCAUCUACAACAGCAGCCCGUCCCAGGAGGAGAGCAGUCCAAGGAACUUGCAGCCACUGAAUUCCUUUGGAUUUGCCAGUUCAUAUAUUGCCAUGCACUAUCACACCACUAACGACUUAAUGCAAGAAUAUGACAGCACAUCAGCCAGGCAGAUCCCAGUCCCCUCGGUGUAAAGUCAUGCACGUAGAGAAUAUUGUGCCAGUGGCUUUUGUUUCUAAUAUUGGUUGAUUUUGAAAAGACUGUGAAGCCAGUGGCAGAUUAAAAUGUAGAGAUUCAGUUGAAGGGUUGACAGUUGGGAUUGUCUUCUGUCUGGAUUUGCUUCAUAGAUCCUUGCCAUUUUAAGAUUUGAUGUAAAAGUUUAUUUAGAUUUUUUUCC